CGGUUGACAGUUAGCUGUAUUGUUUUCUCGCGUGUGAUUUGCAUUUGCUUGUGAUUUUUGUAAUUUUUGCACCAAAUCGGGGGGAAACAAGUGCAUAAUUUAAAAAAAGUUGUGUUCAGUGAAUAAAUAAAAGUGCAUAAAUAGAAAGAGGUGCUAAUAGUGUGUAGCAAUCAGUUGGCGUCUAAAUUCCAAGACGUCAUUAUUCGCAUUAAUUGCAUUUAAAACAACGGACAUAUAUCGUAUUAGAAAAUAAAUUAAAAUCAGCAGCAAAAUGCCGAGACCCACACGUACGGUGAAGGAGCAGGCAAAAGUGGAUUUAUCCAAAAUACCGGCACACGUGGAGCGCGUUAACGUCAGCGGUUUGUUGCGCACACACAAUGACUAUGUGUUGAAGGCAGCCGAAGGGCUCUUCAAAGCGCGUAAUUUUCAAGAUGUUAUGAUUGAAUCGAUGAACGCCAAAACGUACCUACAUGAAUUGGGCAUUUUCAAGGAUGUGCUAGUACGCAUCGAUGUUAGCAAAGGUGAGAAUGCCUCACCCAAUGGCUAUGAGGUCACAUUAAAGGGUCAAGAGCUUUCGCGUCUUGUCGGCUCUGUCGGCACUGAGGUUGGCCAAAAUGAGGGCUCACUACGCACCGAAUUAAGUAUACCAAAUUUAUUUGGACGCGGUGAAAGCAUCUCAUUGCAUGGUUCCUACGCAACAACACGCGCCAAUGAAUUACAGCUAAAAUUCUGGAAGUCAUUCUUUCACACGCGUUUCGUCGAAAAUCGACCAGAAGUCUCCUUCUCGCUCUUUCGCCACGUCGAUCGCAUGGACAUCAGCUCAUUCCAAAAUGCUAAUUUGGGUUUCGUUGCUGACUUCUCAGUGAAUUCACUGCUGCCAUUUGAGCUCACCCACUCCAUACAGUAUGAAGCCUCUAUACGCGAACUUUCGCUGCUGGCAAAGACCGUGCCUUUUGUCAUACGCGAGCAUUGCGGUCCAAAACUGGCAUCAUUAGUGCGUUAUUCAGUAAUCUAUGAUCAACGUGAUAAUCCUGUUUUUCCAACACAAGGCAUCAUGUUGAAAUCAGUCAAUGAGUAUUGUGGUUUGGGUGGCAAUGUAGCUUAUAUGAGUACAACAACGCAUGGUGAGAUCAGCGUACCCUUGUUUGCCGGACUUGUAGCGCAGAUUUGUGGCCGAGUUGGUGUGAUCAAAGAGACUAAAAAUACGACAGUGCUGCCUAUUAGUAGCUUAUUCUACUGCGGUGGACCGCUGACACUGCGAGGAUUCAAAUUUGGUGGCGCUGGACCUGUGGUGGAUGGCACAUCGAUUGGUGCGCAAACUCACUGGUCCACAGGCUUUCACUUAUGGGGACCACUGCCAUUCAAUCAUGUUUUCAAGGGAUUGGCUAAGAACUUCCGCGCGCAUUUGUUCUACAACUGCGGUGGCUUCAACACGCUUUCGGCAGACAACAUGCGCAGCGCUCUCGGCGUUGGUCUGGCAUUUAAAUUAGCUGAACGUGCGCGUAUCGAAUUGAAUUAUUGCAUACCUGUACGAAAAUAUGCCACCGACAAGCCAGUGAAUGGUUUUCAAUUUGGCAUUGGCUAUGAAUUUGUCUAGGUUGGUUUCUUGUUGCACAUAUGCGCUCAUAGAGCUGGAGAGCAUGCGCCUAGUAGCAGAGGAAAAGGCGGUGGAAGGUAGCAAUGUAAUAACACUACUACGACCACCAUACAGCUCCUUUUUUAUCGUUAAAAAUCAUUUAUUCAUUCACUGACUGUCAUCUGUUUGUCGUUUGACUUUUUGUUGUUCGCUAAUCAAAGACAUUAAUUGUUUAAUAUUUGUUAUUAUUGUAAAGAUUUAAGUUAAAUAUCAAAUAAGCCAGACAAGUCACAUCAUGGAGACAUAAAUGCGUAUGUACAUACAUAUGUUUGCAUGAAACAGCAAGCAUGAAAAAAGGCAAAUAUGAAAAAGGCUACCAGCGAAAAACGUAGAAUACGUGUACAAUUAUUUAAAGGAAUACAAAUAAAUUUAAAUUAUACGAAAAAACCCCAAAUAAAAAUUUAUUUAAAAACGAAAUGCGUGGUUUGUUAAAAUGUGUGUAUAAUUAAUUCAUGUUACAACCCUGCAAAAUUGUUUUUAAAAUUAAUUACUUUAAUUUGAAUAAUUAUUUAAAAGCUGUAAUUAUGCAACAGACAAUUGUAAAUUUCAGAUUAUAAAAUAUAGACAUUUGUGGCACUAACAGAGCACACAAAAGCAUUCUUCCAUCAAUUAGUAAACCUCCCCCACCCCAUCACAAGUAAGAUAUGUAUGUGUGAAAAUUUUACCCCACUAUUAUGAAUUCCCAUACGAUAGACAAUGAACACUUGCAAGCGGGUCAUAUGAAAUGAGUUUUCGUAUUAUCGUUUCCAUACGCCCGUCAAAUGCUCUAUCCUCUUCUAGAGAAACUACCUGUGAAGUUAUGUGUAUACAAAAAUUAAACGAUUAACUAAACGAUCUUAAUCAAAACGAAUGAACUGAAAACGAGCUUGCACCCAGCGACGUGCUUACAAUUCAAUUAAUUUAAAACAUCAUACAAAAGAUUUAUUUUAUUACGAACAAUAGAGAGGAACUCUGGCUGAUCAAGCGUUAUGCACUUCCACUAAGCACUUCACACGCGGAUGAUGCUCGCACUGCUACGGAAAGUGGGUCAGUGCUAUUAAAAAAAAAAAAAAAACUAUUUAAAACAAUUUAACAGCUAUUUCAUGUACAUAAAGUAAUCUUCGCCAAAGAACAUUCAUUUGCAGCUUCAGUAAAGCAACGUUUAAUUUGUUAACUUAGUGGGGGACACAAUCGAAUGAAACUGAGUUUUUUUAGACUAUGUUAAGUGGCGUAGUUUCUCGAAUAAACAAUUUACACAAUGAGAA